AUGGGGCUCAUUGGACCUAUUGAAUGCCAGACCAUAGAUGAGAUGAGAACUGUGAUGGAUACAAACUUCUUCGGAUUGGUUCGCCUUUUGAAAGAGAUUUUACCUGAUAUGAAGAAGAGAAAGAGUGGACAUAUAGUUAUAAUAAGUAGUGUAAUGGGAAUACAAGGUAUUUUGUUCAAUGAUGUUUAUGCUGCAUCUAAAUUUGCUGUGGAAGGAUUCUGUGAAAGUUUAGCCAUACAAGCACUCAAGUUUAAACUUCAGCUAAGUCUGAUUGAGCCAGGCCCCGUGAUCACAGAAUUUGAAAAAAAGGUGUUUGAAGAUGGAAUGAAAAUGGAUCUUUCGGCUGCUGAUGAAGAAACUGCUGACAUGUUUACUAAUAUUUACCUUAAAAAUUACAAACAGAUUUUCCAAAGCCUGGGACAGAGUGCAGAGGACAUAGCAGAGCAUACAGUAAAGAUAAUUCUUGCAGAAAAUCCACCUUUUCGCCAUCAGACCAACACCCUGUACACACCAAUGACAACCUUGAAGUACGCAGAUCCAAAUGGAGAUCUACCUAUUGAUACCUUCUACAAAAUGGUUUUUCAGCAUGAUAAAAUCUUCAGUGCAAGUCUUAACUUCAUCAAACUGCUAAGGUGGAGAAGCAGAAAAAGCUUUGAUUUGGGAAACCCUUCACAAUGAAUAUAUGUAUGCUAUUGUGUGCAUCUGGAUCACUGGUUCUAGUCACUGCUGACAUAUUGUUUUGAAAAAUAGCUUUGCAAUAUAACUGAUUACAAAAAGAUAUUCAAAAUGUUUGGUUAGUGAGCUUAAUUGAGGUAUUAAUGUUGAUUAACUUUUAUUUUGAACGUCAAGUUUCCAGUGCUUUGAAAGUAAACUGUUUCACCCACGUCAGUUAUUGUCAGUAAUCUUGGCCAUAUAUUCUAUUUCCAGAGUUGAUCCUGGUAGAAAUGUAUGACCACUAUUUUUUCUGAACAUCAACAAAUCCAUUAUCAAACAGCUCCCUUCUGCAUUUAUUAGAAUUAAAAAGAAAAGAUACUAAGAUUAGUACUAUGUGUAUAUCUUAUUUGUAGAAAACCUGAUUUGUUAGUAUUGUAAAACAUAUUGAAUUGCUUUGCUCAUGUUCUAGUGAUUUUUAAAUCACUUAACACCUUAUUCUAUAGUGCUAUACUUCUAUUUAAAAGGAUUAGAAUAAACUACUUGUUAGAAACCUAA